CUCCUGGGGUUGUCCGUCGCCAUGCUGAGCACCGUCACCCGCUACGGGCUCCACUUCACCCUCAUCAGCAGCAUCUCCCUGGAGAACAACUCCUACAGGGUCUUCCACCACGCAGCUUUCUACUGUGGGCUGUGCCUCAGCAUGACCCUGAUCCUUGCAGCCCUGCUGAGCUCUGCUGCCACGGUGCGGGAGUCGCCGCUCCUCGGAGCCACGGGAUUUUUCUGCUUUGCUCUGGCCUUCUGUGGAUUGCUCCCAGCUGCCUGCUGGAGAUACACACACGGCACCGAGGUGGAGGACAGCAUGAUGGAUGUGUAUGACCUCGUGUACGAGGAGGUGAGGAGGAACAUCUCCAGCUUCAGGAGGCACGAGCUGACUGCCAUCCAUGAAGCAUUCCUGUGCUGUGGGAAGCACUCUCCAUUUGGGGACACUGCCAACGUGGAGAGCAGGACGUGCCCACCUGGCCAGGCACGAGAUGCAGGACGGGACUGUCUGCAAGAGAUCCAGGACUUCCUGAAGAAGCACAUGGACUUGGUCUCCACGCUGCUGGGCGUCACCAUCGGCUUCACGAUUUAUGGGAUGUUCCUGACUUCAUUCCUUUGGUUCUCCAUCCACUUCAGCAGCAACCUGGCCCGGAAAGGCAAAUACAUCUUGAGAGAGAGGUAG